AUGACAGGUGUUUCGACAAAAAUCGUUUUAAAAAAUGCUACCAAAUUUUCACUUGAUCGCAGAUUUGGUGAUAUUGCAAAGCAAACACCACGUCAUCAACCAACUGUGACAGUUUCGUAUGUUCGAGAUGAAAUAUUUCAACAAAAACGAGCUAGUGCAAAUGAGAGACGACA